AUGCUCCGGCAAUCAUAUCUGAGUGGUCAAAAAAAACCAAAUUAAAUAUUAAAUAUCGUAUUUUUUAACUAAUAUGUCAACACAAUUUAUUCAGGGACUAACCGUGUGGAAAAAGCUGCACACUGAGAAUUAUGUCGCGUGACGUUUCCCCUCCAUCUUUUUAGGAGGUUGUCAGUUUCGUAGGCAAAGGAGUUGGCGCAGACGCGGCACUGACAGAGGCUCUCUACCUGCUCCGCCAGUGUGUGUAAUAAUGGCCUGGAAAUCAGGAGGAGCCAGCCACGCAGAGCUUGUAAACAACCUUCGCAAAAAUGGGAUCAUCAAGUCCGACAAGGUCUAUGAAGUCAUGUUGGCCACAGACAGAGGCCAUUUCUCCAGAAGCAACCCCUACAUGGACUCCCCACAGUCAAUAGGCUAUCAAGCAACCAUCAGUGCGCCACACAUGCACGCCUAUGCGUUGGAGCUACUGCAUGAUCAGCUGUAUGAUGGGGCCAAAGCUCUGGAUGUUGGGUCUGGCAGUGGAAUCCUAUCUGCAUGCUUUGCACGAAUGGUAGGUCCCAAAGGGAAGGUGAUAGGAAUUGACCACAUCAAGGAACUGGUAGAUGAUUCUAUUAACAAUGUAAAGACAGAUGACCCCAGCUUGAUAACAUCUGGUCGAGUCAAACUAAUAGUGGGAGACGGGCGGAUGGGCCAUCCAGAGGAGGCGCCUUAUGAUGCCAUCCACGUGGGCGCGGCAGCACCCAACGUGCCACAAGCACUCCUGGACCAGCUGAAGCCAGGCGGCAGGCUGAUUCUGCCCGUGGGGCCGGCUGGAGGGAACCAGAUGCUGGAGCAGUACGAUAAGCUGGAGGACGGCAGCACCAAGAUGAAGCCCCUGAUGGGGGUGAUUUACGUGCCUUUAACAGACAAAGAGAAGCAGUGGUCCAGGGAUGAACUUUGAGGCGACAGACUAUCCAUAUUCCACAUUUCAAUGUGAACCUGGAGGAGACUACUUUGGGUUCCAACAACAGCCAUUGGAUUUCUUUGAAAACAACAAACCAUGGUGAUUUUGUUUUUUCUCCUUUAACUCUACCUAGAGUAUCAUGCUGAGGAAUAACCCCUGAGGUCGGAAUAACGACUGCUGGAGAUUGAACAGAAGAAUGUGUUGGGGAUUGUUUAAAAUAUAUAUUGGCCUGCAUUUUUUUGGUUGUGAAUUUUCCUUUUGAUUUGCUGCAAGAUUUAGUUUUUGUGGUUACAUCUUGAUUUGCUAAUCAACCAUUUCACAAUAAUGCAUUUCAGCUCCAAACAAAGCGGAGUGUAAAGACUGUUCUGAUGAGGAAAGCCUGAGUUGAAGAGAUUAUUCAGCCACUUACUUUAGAGUGCAUCUGAAGAUAUCUGUACUGCUGCUCUGCUAACAUAUAUCAGCGUCGUCGCCUAAUAGGAAGUGAAUGGGCAAUGAUGUAUUGGGUUAUUUCGGAGUCACUUAUUGUAGGUAAGAAUAGAAGAUGUUUCUUAACAAUUCUACAUUCAUGUGGAUGUUAUGGGCGAUCUUGAACAAAUUGUGAAUAGUGAUGAGUGAGAAGGUUACAGGUACAAAGACCCCCCCCCCCCCCUAAAUUAUAACCUCUGUUAUUGGUAAUGGUGAGAGAUUCGUAUGUUUUGUUGCAGCCUUUGUAACCUUCUCACUCAUUAUUCAUGAUUCAUUCAUGAUUUUUCUUAAUCAUGGUAUUAUCAGGAUUAAUUUAGAAGGGUUCAGAAACAUCAUUACUCACUUUGAAAGAAAAUUACAUUCUUCAUUCAGUUUCUAUUGGUCAAAACAUAACCAAAACAACCUGCAAAUGUAUCACAGGUUUGUAUAGUCACAAGCUUGAUGUAAACUUUUGGCUACCUUAAUACACUAUAAGCCCAUUUGUCCAAAUACUUAUGACUUCUUCAAAUGGGGGACAAGAUACAUAGUGCUUUCCUUUCUAAACUAAUAAAACAAAUAUGACAACACCCUAAAAUAAACAGUGACAUUCUAUAAUGUUGCCUCAUAUGAAACAUUUGAUCUCAAAUCCAAAAUGCUGAAGUACAGAGCCACAUUUAAAAUGUUAGUUUCACUGUCCAAAUACAUAUGGGAGUGAGUGUGUAUAUACACAUGUGAAUACGUGCACACAUUCAGGGUUGUGAUUUGCCCCAUGAUUUGUGUUCUGCCUCUGGUGUCCAUGACAAGACUGCAAGCUUUACUGAUUACCGACACUAAACAAAGCAGAGCCACACAUAUAUUAUAUAUGUGUGUGUGAAACAAGGUAGCCGGUGCGUUGCCAAAAUACAUUUUAAUGCAAAGCGAUUGAAUGUCUGUUUAAAGAUAUUGAAUAUUGGAUGAGCUAUGGCUUUCACAAUUUCUGGAAUGGCAAAAAUGAAAAUAAAAAUAUGCUUAUG